AUGAGGUUAAGAUUUGGUUUCAGGGUUAGAAUUGGGUUUAGGUUUAGUUUGGAGGCUGCCUGCAUUCUGCCAACCAGUGAUCUGUCCAGUGUGUGUGUGUGUGUGUGUGUGUUUCUCUUUAAACUCUGCGGCAUCCCUGUCUGUGUCUGCGGCCCUGCUGCUGGAGGAGGGCGGGUCGUCAUCACCGCUCAGCAGCAGCAGCAGAUUUCGGACGGUGCGACAUGUCUGGCUGCAGCGGCUCUAACCCGGUUUGCACUAAGUGAAUUUGCGGAUGACCCGCGGAGCCUCGAGCUGAACCAAGGCCGCCGUGCGGACACUGACCUCGGGGAAACUCCCACUGGACCCGCGCACGUUGGAGAUUUCCUGCAGAGGCGCCUUUUGUUUUUGCGCAGAGCGGACACUGGCGCACGGUGGGGGGGGAAUGAUCCCGACCAUCGAGUGACACGACACCGGGAUUCUUUCACUGCCACGUUCCCGUGCAUCGGUGCAAACAUGAUGUCACUGAUCGACCUGGACGACGACCAGCGCUGGGUGCCCACCCACGUGAAUGUCACCGUGCUCCGGGCGAGGGGGCUGCGCACCAAGGGCAAGCACGGCAGCCGCUACCUGUACACCAUCAUCCAGGUGGGGAAGGAGAAGUACACCACGGGGCUGGUGGAGAAGGCGGCGCUGCCCGAGUGGAGCGAGGAGUGCUGCUUCGAGCUGCUGCCCGGGAUCCUGGAGGACGGCGGCCGUAGCGCGUACCCGCCGGGCAGCGGGGACCUGGUGCUCACCGUCAUGCACCGGGUCCUGAUCGGACUGGAUGUGUUCCUCGGUCAAACCAUCAUCCCGCUGGACCAGAUCUUCCAGGAGGGCAUGUGUCCCAGAGACGAAUGGUUCAAGCUCAACUCCAAGGCAGGAAGGAAGGAGAAGGAGCGUGGUGAACUUCAGGUGACGGUGCAGUUCACCCGCAACAACAUGACAGCCAGUAUGUUCGACCUCACCAUCAAGGACAAACCUCGCUCUGCCUUUGGGAAGCUGAAGGAUCGCGUCACGGGGAGGAAGAGGGGGGAUGUGGAGUCUUCCUCGGCCAUCGUGCCGGGCCGCUUCGCUGCCCUGUCCGGAUCCCUGGGGCAGCCGUUCGGAGAGGGGGGCGGAGGAGUGGUGGUGAUGGAGUCUCGAGACGUGGCGGUAGCAGAGGAGAAGAGGAGCAAGGUGAAGGAUUUCUUCAAAGGGAAGCUGCGCAAGUCGUCCGACACCAGGUCGUGCUCAUCGCUGGCUUCAGACAGCAGUUUGUCUUCCAUGGCCAGUGACAACCCCGGCCCCCCACCCAGUCUGGAUCUGCUGUCGGACCCCCCCAGCUCGCCCAUCUACACAAGCAAAGUGAGAGUGGACGCCCACUAUGGAGAGGCAGACUUAGCUAAAAAAGUUCUCACCAGUCAACACACCACAAAGGUUCUCACACACAAGCGAGCCCUGAGCGACGAAGCCAGCAAAAUCACAACGGCCCUCUCUCGAUCAAACGUUGCGAUGGAGUCUCUCAGGGGUCAGACCAUGACUCAGUCCAAGUCGUCCUUGUGUAUAAAUGGAAGCCACGUCUACGACUCCGAGCCAUCGACUCCAAAGAGCUCGGGAGCGCUGCCGUCCAAGCUGGUGCUGCAGGAGAAGUGCUCCCCGCUGUCUCGCUCCCUGCAGAACCUCACCAAGAGGAGCGAGGACAAAGGCUCCUUUGCCGAGGGCCGCCGCUGGUCAUUCGACAAGACGAGGAAAGAGGAAGAAAAGGAAGCUCGGGCGUCGUUUCCUCCAACUCAGCCAGCUCAGUCAGACGGUCGCACCACGCAGGCGGCAGCGCCGACCGUCUCCUCUGCGUCCAGUUCACCUGAAAAAGGGAGGAAGCUGAGGAAGACGUUGUUCUCUGGAGGGAGGAGUGAGUCUCUUCCCGCCAAGUCGGACCUGAACCAGGCUGCUUCAUCAUCGGAGGGGAGGCUCAGAGGCUGGUUUGGCUCCGGCGACUCCCAGAACAAGCCGAGGCUGGAAGUUUCUCCUAAGGUAGAAAGCAGCUCAGACGUACCCCCUCCCCUCCCUCCUCUCUCCCCCGCUCCCCCUCAGUACUCCUCCCCCUCUGGUCACAUCUCACCCGACGACCGCACUCAGUCUCGCCCGCUCACUCCCUCCACCUCACCCUCCUCGGCUCCCAUCUCCCCCUCCAACCCUUUCCUCCCCCAAAUGCAGCGCAACCCCUUCUUUGAGGAGCUCCUAGCCGAGGAGUCGCAGACGUCCCCUCCUCUUGCACCUUGCUCCCCCUCCUCCGGCUUGUCCCCCUUCCAUUACACCACUCUGCCCUGCGCACCCAGCCCCGCUCACGAUGCUCAUGCUACAAAGAUGGCUUCCAUAAGGCGGGAGCGACCCCGGCCGGUGGGCAGACAGAUAUCUCUCCCUGCGUUGUUACCCAAAGCAGCCACACCGAACUCCCAUAACCACGCCUCUCGCUCCAUGUCCGAGAGCGCAGGAGAGUGGGAUGACUUUUUUGAUGCUCUUGCCUCGAGCAGGCUGAACUCGCCUACAGGAAGUGUUCCUCAGAAACGGCUGAGAACCAGCCCGUCAUUUGAUACAUGUAGCUAUGCAGUUAAUAAUCAUGCACAAGGGCUGCAGACGUGUGAAGAGCAGCCUCCGCCUUUGCCUCCGAGGAGGUUGUUAAGAACUACACUCAGUGAGAUUUACUCUGACGGCUGGCUGCACAGAGGUCAGGAGCUGGCCGUCCACAAAGAGGCCUACCUCCUCUCACAGACCGGCGUGGCCUCGCUACAACAUGGACGAGAGGCCGAGUGCAAAAGAAACGGUUCAUCUCCGGACCCUCAGACGAGCAGCGAGACCUCCGACUCCCCCAGCGUUCCCUCCGAGCAGCGAGCAGACGCCACGUCACCGGGAUUAGUCCCCGAAGAGAAGCAGAAAAAGUUCAAAUACGAGCCUUUGGAAUACGACGCUGACUGCUGGGGAGGGAUGCUGUUCGAGCAAGAUCUGUACGGACGCAUGUGCAGAGGAAACUACGGAAAACUCACAGCGAACAAUCAUCGUUUGCCAUUGAACGCUGAGGAAAGUGAUGGGACUAACAUCACGUUUAAGAUCUCUGCACCUGAAAUGCUUCUUGACAGUGAAAUCUCUGUGAAAGACGUCAUGAACUUGCCAACUACGACUUCCCCAGGCCCAGACGUGAAGAUGGAUGGUCCCUCUGCUCCGGUAGAGGCGGUAGCAGAGUCUAAAACAAACGAUACCACUUGCACCAACAAUAACGUGUCUUUCUUGUCAGGAGACCUGAACAUGAAUGUGAACAACUUAGACUUCACUUUUAUUGACUCUGACGGCUCCUCUCAAUCAGAGGCGGUCGAUACUCUCAAAGGCGUCAGUAGUUUAGGAGCCAUUUCCCCACAACAGACAGAAGAUUCACUGACUGUUUACCACGCGGAGACGGCACCUGAGGAUUUAUUCACUUUAAAGGACACCUACAUACCUGAGAUGAACUCUUCGUUUGAAAUAAACGCUUCCAGUAAACGGUGCAAAGUGUCUCCAGCUCUCCAGGACUGCCACUGGGAGCUGAACAACUUGUUACCACGUGAUCAGUCCAGGGCAAACGACAGCGGAGAGAUCGCUGCGCUGUCGUCGCAAAAUCAAACAUCAUCCGAUCUUCACGUUGAAUUCAGAGACGAUAAAACAAGAAACAACGGUAAUUCUCAGAAGACUCAGAAGGACAUUGAUGAUAAUGGUAACCCAGAAGCUCAGCUGGCCUCACAUCAGCAGACCGAGGUGUUUUCCGGAGUGGUCAGCGCACGUUUUAGACCCAAAGGUUUGUCCCGACAGAGCAGCUGCAGCAGCCCGAGCAGCCAAAGCCAAAGUGGAGACAGAGAGUUUGAACAGUUGUUGUCUCUCGUUCAAAACAUCUCACAAGUCGGUAACGGACAAUUGUUGUAUCAGCCCAGUAAAUCUUCCACAGAUUUGCCAGUAAAUAGCACCGGUCGGCCGAAAACAUCAAAAGUCAACAAAAUGUCCCUCCUCACCAAGUACUGUGUCACAGGUAUUCCCUCUGAGGUCAGUUUCGAAGACCUCCACGCUAAAGUAGCACCAAGCUCAAGAUCCCCUACUAAGCCUGAUCCCUCUCCUUACUCCAUCCCCUUUGCACCGUCCCUGUCCAACGCCACCACCACCGCCAAUGACACACAGGCUAAGCUCCACCCCACCCCUCUCUGUUGCCCCCCCAUACAUCUCUCAAGCAUGGGGCCCGGUGCUGGAGCCAGCACUACGCUGGUUGUGGCCCCCUACACCUCCACCACCUCUUCCUCCUUCUCUACCACCUUCGCCACUGACCCGCCCCUGGUCGAUGCACGCCACUCACUUUUCCCUGAGGAGACACAGCCAGCUAACAACCUGCCCCGUCAGGAGAGCAGACCCCACCCAGUGAAGCCAUUAACCUCCAGCCAAUCAGAGAAGAAGGAGGGGCGUUCGGUUCUGGAGAAGCUCAAGUCCACGAUCCACCCUGGACGCGGCGCCGCCCACCAGGCCGCAGCUGAAGCUGAGAGGAGUCAGGAGGUGCCUGUGGACAACUCAGCUCAGUACCAGCACCUGACCAACAUGGAGCUGAUCUCCCUGCUGCUGCAGCAGGAGAUGGACAUGCAGAAGCAGCAGGCGGCCUCCGAGCGGCAGGAGGCGCAGCUGGGGAAAUGUGAGGGCGAGCUGAAAAAGGUCAAGGCACAGAUGCGAGACCUGGAGGACUACAUCGAUAAUCUGCUGCUGCGGAUCAUGGAGCAGACGCCCACGUUGCUGCAAGUUCGAACCAGACACAAGUGACCGCGGCGCUGAGAGCGUGUGCACGGUGUAUUGCACAUGCCAUGCGAUGGUCUAGACUGCAGUUUCCUCAAUAGAGGGUUUAAACACAGGGUUAUUAUUGAAGGUUGGGAAUCGCUGUUCUAGAGUCAGUUACAGUCAAAUGCACCACAAAUCAUCCAGGUCUUCUCACUGCUGAUACUGCCCUGUUGAUGUAGACACAAUAUUACCCAACAUGCAUGCUGAUUACUAUCUUCAAUUUGGCACGGACAAAGACGGAUUAGCUUCAAUACCCAUGCUUAUUAGAAUAAGUUAAAGUAGUCAGCUUUUUUCCAGUUUUCACUUUAACCACACUGCUUCCAUAAGGGUAGAAAGAAAGUACUGUCCCUGCUCUUCAGGGAUUGUGUUCAGUAUUUCUGCCGGUAAAAUAUGAAAUUAGUUCAAGUUAAAAAUGCAGCAAAAGCAACAUUUUGACUCAAGAUCUUCAUCUCAAAUAGUUUGACGAGAUGCAAAGUGCACAAAUGUUAACUUGACCUAAUUGCAUAUUUAGUAGUAUUUAGGAAAUGCUACAAAGAUGCAUCAAAAUGCUGCUCUGCAAUGUGAAUACUACCAAAAGAUGUUCUGCAUUAACAUUGUUGUAUGAUAAGCAAAAAAACCAUUAUUCAUAUCUGUGGCAGAAAAGGCUUCAGAGGACGAAGACUUACUGUUUGCAAUCUGUGUUUUUUCUUUUAAUUUCUCAAUUCCUUAAUUUCUUUUUAUUAUUUGUUCUUAUUUUGUAUAAAACUAAAACUGAGAGUUUUUUUAAUAUAUUUUAUGUUUUUUAUGUCCAUUGUGCAUUUUUAUUUUGUUGAAAAAUCUGCAUUUGAACAAGAAAUAACAGCAUCAGUGCAGUAAAUAAGAAUAUAAGUUAUUUCUAUCAGAUACUUUUGUCAUGAUAUUGUCUAAUACCACUCCAGUACCACUGUAGCUACUUGCAAUGCUUAAAAUGGCCACAGUACUGUACUGUAAUAAGAAUAAAGUGCACAUGAAUCAGAG